AUGGUUAUCUUCUUGGGCUUGGCUUCUUCUUUAUGGCUUCUUCUUGGUAAGCUUUUGCUUCUUUUAUAUCUUCUUCUUGGUAUCUUCUUCAAUAUCUUCUUCUUGGUAUCUUCUUCAGCUUUGCUUCUUCUUUAUCAGCUUCUUCUUGGUAUCUUCUUUUCAGCUUUGAUAUCUUCUUCUUUAUCUUCUUCUUCUUGCUUUAUCUUCUUGUUUCUUUUGAAAUCUUCUUCAACAUGCUUCUUCUUUAUGGCUUCUUUUCUUGAUAUAUCUUCUUGCUUGGCUUCUUCUUUUAGGCUUCUUCUUGGUAUUUUUAAUCUUCUUCUUGAUUCCAAGGUCCUUGGUAUCUUACUUAUUUCUGAUAUUCUUCUUCUUGGUAUCUUCUUUCUUUUAUUUCUGGCUGAUAUUCUUUCUUCUUCUUGUCUUCUUCUUCAGCUUCUUGUAUCUUCUUCUCCUUUCUAUCUUCUUCUUGAUGGACUUCUUCUUUAUCUUCUUCUUGUGGCUUUCUUCAGCUUGAUUCUUCUUUGUCGGCUUCUUUUGAUGUCUUCCUUAUUCAGCUUUGAUGGCUUCUUCUUGGUAUCUUCUUGCACAUCCCAUUUUUUCAGCUUCUUUGGCAUAAGCUUUGCUUCUUUAUCUUGGCUUCAUUCUUCGCGGCUUCUUCCUUUCUUCUUCUUGUUGUUUAGUAACCAACAUUAUGAUCUUUUAUUUUUCUUAUUUUGUUUGUCUCUCUUCAUCAUUUUCUCCCUUUUUGUUUGUUGUCCCUCAUUUACUCACUCUUUCUUUUUCUCUUCUUUGAUCUUUUCUUUCUUUGAUAUUUUAUUGUCCUUUAUCUUAGCCUUUUCUUUCUUUUCAUUUUUCUUUUUCUCACCCUCUCUUUGUUUUUCCUCUUUUUCAUCCUCUCUUUUUCUUGUCCUCUCUUUUUUCCCUCUUUUUCUUGUCCUCUCUUUUUUCCCUCUUUUUCUUGUCCUCUCUUUUUUCCCUCUUUUUCUUGUCCUCUCUCUUUUUUUUCCCUCUUUUUCUUGUCCUCUCUCUUUUUUUUCCCUCUUUUUCUUGUCCUCUCUCUUUUUUUUCCCUCUUUUUCUUGUCCCUGCUUUUUUUUCCCUCUUUUUCUUGUCCCUGCUUUUUUUUCCCUCUUUUUCUCAUCCCUGCUUUUUUUCCCUCUUUUCUCAUCCCUGCUUUUUUUUUCCCUCUUUUUCUCAUCCUCUUUUUUUUUUCCUCUUUUUCUCAUCCCUGCUUUUUUUUUCCCUCUUUUUCAUCCCUCUUUUUUUUCUUUUUCUCAUCCCUUUUUUUUCCCUCUUUUUCUCAUCCCUGCUUUUUUUUCCCUCUUUUUCUCAUCCCUGCUUUUUUUUCCCUCUUUUUCUCAUCCCUGCUUUUUUUUCCCUCUUUUUCUCAUCCCUGCUUUUUUUUCCCUCUUUUUCUCAUCCCUGCUUUUUUUUCCCUCUUUUUCUCAUCCCUGCUUUUUUUUCCCUCUUUUCUCAUCCCUGCUUUUUUUUCCUCUUUUUUCUCCUCUCUUUUCCCCCUUUUUCUCAGCCUCUUUCUUUCUCUCUCUGUUUUUCCUCUCUUUUCUCAUCUCCUUUUUCUUUCUCUCUUUUUCUCAUCCUCCUCUUUUUUUCCUCUCUUUUCUCUUCUCUCUGUUUUUCCUCUUUUUCUCUUCUCUCUGUUUUUCCCUCUUUUUCGUCCUCUCUUUUUUUCCUCUCUUUUCGUCCUCUCUCUCUCUUUCUCGUCUCUCUCUCUUUUUGCUCUCUUUCUUUCUCUGUUUUGCUCUCUCUUCGUCUCUCUGUUUUUUGCUCUCUUUCUCGUCCUCCUCUCUGUUUUUGCUCUCUUUCUCGUCCUCUCUCUGUUUUUCCUCUCUUUCUCGUCCUCUCUCUGUUUUUGCUCUCUUUCUCGUCCUCUCUCUGUUUUUGCUCUCUUUCUCGUCCUCUCUCUGUUUUUGCUCUCUUUCUCGUCCUCUCUCUGUUUUUGCUCUCUUUCUCGUCCUCUCUCUGUUUUUCCUCUUUUUCUUGGUCUCUAUUUUUUUCCCUCAUUUUCUCAUCCUCUUUUUUCUUUCAUCUUUUUUCUCAUCCUCUCAUUGUUUUUCUUCUUUUCCCCGUCUUUUCUUUGUUUUUCCUAUUUUUCUCUCUCACUCAUCCAACUUCCUGCUCAUCACUAAUUCUUUUUUUUUUUUUCCAAUUCCUUCCCUCCCUAAAUAGGUUCUCACUUUCCCAUCUUUCUAACCCUUUCUAUAUCUAUUUUUCUAUUUUCUUUUUUCUUCAUUCACUUUGCCAUUCUUCCUCUAUCAUCUCUUUAUUCCCAUCCUCUUCUUUCUCCCAACCACUCCUAUUCAUUCUCUUUAGCCUCUUCUUUUCUCCCAACCACUCCUAUUCAUUCUCUUUAGCCUCUUCUUUUCUCCCUAUUCAUUCUCUCUUUUACCUCUUCUUUCUACCUUUCCUCCUAUUCAUUCUCUUUAGCCUCUUCUUUCUACCAACCACUCCUAUUCAUUCUCUUUAG